UGUAUAGAUGCCAAAUGGAAAAACUAUAUUAAUAGAUGUUUAGUUAGAUAAGACCAAAGUGAAUGAUGUAAAAUAGAAGGUGAUGGAAAAAUCAGGAUUAAGAUUAGAGGAUAUCAUUUUAGUUUAUAAAGAGGAAAUAUUGAGAAAUGAUUAUUUAUUGAAGCAAUACGGAAUAGAUAAGGAGGCUAAAAUUGAUGCCGAGACAGCAGAAACACUAACUAAAAAUUUUAAAUAGAAAUUAGGUAUUUAAUAAAAUAUUAUUCAAAAGAUGCACUUGAAAAUGAGAUACAGAGAUGGCAAUAAAAGUUUGGAGAAGAAGGAGCAUAGAAGGAGGAAUUGUAAGAAAGAUUGAAAGAAAGUUCAAACAAAUUAGAUGAGUAAAAUUAAUAUUGAAACUAGGGUUAAAUAGGAGAAAGAAAUGUUACAAAGAGAUUUUAAUUAAGUGAAAAACUAGCUUGAAUAAUUGUAAAAGAAAAAUGCUUAAAAUGCAGAUUCUCAAUAAUCAUAAAUAUCAACAUAGUCAUUUUUGGGAAAUGAUUUGAAAAACUUAGAAAUAGAAUUAGCAUCUUAUAAAGCAAUUGUAAGCAGAUUUGAUAUGGAGAGAACAGAAUUAAAUUCAUAGAUUGCCUAUUUCAAAUAAGAAAAAAUAGAUUUACAAAAGAAAGUGGAAGACUAUUAAAAAUUGAAAGAGGAUUUGAUAGGAAAGACUUUUGAAAUAAAAGGAUUAUAAAAAGAUUUAGAUUUUGCUAAUAGUCGUGGAAGUCAAACAAAAGAUGAAAUAAAUAGAGAAUUAGAUUUCUCAAGAUAAUAAAUAAGGUAUGUAAAAUAAUUAAAUAUUAGAAAAUUGGAAUAACAAUUAGAAGAAGUAAAAACAAAAAAUCAAGAACUUGAAGUAGAAAAGGUGAAAUAAGAACUGAAAAUUCAUAUAGAUUCGUAAUAGGUAGAGAAAUUAAAUGAAUUACAAUCAUAAAAUUCUCAAUUAGAGAAAAGAAUUGCAGAAUACAAGGCAUAAGUGACUAGUUUAAAUGAUUAAGUGAGAUUAUUGUAAAAUAGAAGUUAAGAAGAAAUGAGAAGUUCGAUAAGGGGAACUGAUUUUGCAUCUGCUGAAAAGAUUCAAGUAAACAUAAUUAUAAUAGAUAUAGGGUUAUGAAUUACAAAUAAAUAGAUUGAAUGCAGAACUUAAGUCUUCUUAAUAAUCAUUUAAUGAGAGUUAAUAAUGUCUAUCAGCUGCAAAGAAACAAUGUUUUGAUAGUGAUAAGAAGAUAAUGGAAUUGGAGAAAAGUGUGGAAAGUCUUACAUAUUUAUUAAAGGAAAAAGAUAGAGGAAUUAAAGAGAGAGAACAAUCUAUAAAAUAAUUAAAUAUUGAAUUAGAAGAAACAAAGAAAGAUCUAAUAAUAUAUUAAAAGAAUUUAAGUGAUUUUAAAUAGAUUGCUCAAUAAGCAGAUCCAAAAAAAGUAUUAGAGAUAGAUAGUGAAGCAUUAAAAGUAGAAGAGAAGUUGAAGGCAAGAGAAGAGUAAAGAAAUAAAGAAUAAAAGCGAUUAGAAUAAUAAAGAUAGGAGGAAUUACUUGGAAGAUAAGAAAAAUUAAAGUAGGAAUAAUAAUAAUACUUUGAUUUGAUGUAGAAGGGUAAAGAACAAAGGUAGAAAACAGCUUAAUGUAUAUCAAUUAUAUAUCUUUAGUUUUAAAGAAAUAGAUGUUAGAAAGUCAUGGUAAGAUUGAGGUUUGUUUUUUGAUUGAUGUAACAGGAUCAAUGGAUCCAUAUAAAGAGUAGGCUAUGAAAUGUAUAAAGGAGAGUAUGAAAAAUAUAAAGAUUAAAACAAAUAGAGAUGCUUUAUGGGCAACUGUUGCUUAUUAAGAUUUUGGAGAGUUGAAAUAAUUAGGAGGAUUAUACAAGUAACUAAAUUUCACUCCAAAUCCUAAAGAAAUAGAAGAAUAUUUGGCAGAUAUUCCUUGUGCAGGAGGUGGAGAUGCAGCAGAAGAUAUUAGAGGAGGUAUAAUGUAAAUGAUUAAGAAUUUACAUUGGAGUAAGACAUUCAAGAUUGCUCUAUUGAUUUGUGAUGCUCCUACUCAUGGUAAGAGAUAUAAUGGUGGAGUAAGUGAUAGAUAUCCAAAUGAAGAUAUUGAAGAUGCUAUUAAUUUACUUAUAGAUCAUAACAUUUUAUUUGUUGCUAUCCUAUUUAAUAAAGUGACAUUACCAAUGUUUGAAGAAAUAAAGAAAAUGUAUCAACGUGCAGAUAAAGAAGAAUUAUUAUUAUUUGCAGAUUUAGAAAAUACAGAAUAAGGUAGAAUAUGGUAGGAGCUUGUUGAUUUGGUUUCUUAAGCAUCUUAAAGAGCAACUCAAACAAAUAAUAAAGGAACUAGAUCUAAAAAUAAUCAGGCUAAUAAAAGAUCAUAGUCUGGUGCUAUGGAAGCACUUUGCAAAUAGAUCAAGGAUCCAUUUUAGUUUGAUAAAUUGUCAGGUGUUACAAUCAUUCCAGUUAAGUUUGGUGUUUAUAGAGUUGAAUUGAAAUAAGAUUCAUUUGAAUAAAAUAUAGAAAAUCUUAAGAGACUUGACAUUAAUAGGGAUUAUAGUGUUUAUUAAGAAGGAUAAUGGGAUUGUAUUAGAACUGAGAAAUACUUUGCUUAGGGUUAGAUGAAAUAAGUGUUUUUAAUGAAGAGACAAAAUAAUUAAAAUGAAUUAUAUGUGAUCAAAAUGCCAAUAGGGGAUUUAACAUAUUCGAGUCAAGAAUAAGCUGUUGUAGAAUGCAGAUCUCAUCUUAUAUCUAAAUGCUUAAUGAAGAAGUUUAUAAGGGAAUUACAAGAGGCAAGAGAUAAGAUUGACAGAUCAAUGAAGAUUCCAGAAGUUCAAUAUUCAGACUUUUUAAUUUUGAAGGAUUUAGAAAGGGGAAGUAAGAAUAUUAAUAUUAUGUGUAGAUUCAUUUUGGAUUGCAGAAAGAUACUUUACAGGUGAAUUUGUCAAAUAUAAUAAUAAUUAUGGUUUUAUUUCAGAUGAAAAUUCAGAUAUCAAUCAUUUAGCUUAAGCUUACACAUAUUAUACAUAUUUCAUUUCAAAUUUUAAUUAUAUGGUUAAUGAUGUUUAAGGAGUUGGAAAUUAUUUCACAGAUCCUGCUUUGAAUACAAAAGAUAGUAAUAUAAAUAAAUAUUCUAGGUAAUUUUGAUGAAACCGAUAUGGGAAUAGAUGGAUAAUCUAUGUAUAUGGUAAGUUACGAAGGAAAAAAGCAUAUGGGAAGAAAAUACUUAGACUUGCUAAGUAUACCAUAACCAUGAG